GGGACUCAAGGUGCAGUGCAUAGAGCUCGCGAUGUUCGCUGCGCGGCAACUUCCGUUGGACGGAGCGGAGGUCCUAGGCAAACCCAGCCUUGAAACCGAAGUCGGCGUCGGAAUUCCUUCGGUGCUGUGCGCUCCAGUCGGAGUCGGUCAGUUCGGUCGGUGAGACGCGCGCACGUUGCAAAUCCCGAGCGCAAGUCGGCGAGUCCCCGUUAUAGUUUGUUGCAAUUUGCACCUAUCUUCUUGUGUGCCUAUCUCUUUGUGUGUGUGUCUCUCUCUCUCUUAUCUCCUUUGUGCCUCUUUAUAUUUAACAUAAAAUGGUGAGAGUGUAUUUCUCUCGGGAGCAAGAGGAGACACUCAUAAGUCUCGUUCAAGCUAAUCCCUCAAUAUAUUGUCUGGAGCACCCAGACUAUAAAAAAACGAAUUUAAAAAAUGCUAUCUGGAGGAAAAUUAGUGCAGCAGUCAAAAAACCUGAGAGAGAUUGCAGAAAUAAGUGGAAGUACUUGCGCGACUAUUACAUAAAGAGGAAGCGUGAAAACAAACUAGUGCUUGGACCAGGAGUUAAUAGAAAGGACGCCUCUAUCUGUCAUUUUCUAUCAUUUCUAAGCGAUCCCUUGGAAAAAACCAUGAUGGUUAAGAAUGAUUCUGGAGAAACUACCAACGAAAUUGACGAGAAUGUUUCUGUGGAAGUCGACGAAGACGAUGCUUCAGCGGAGGACGAAGAAGAUGCAAUUGACGACGCAAGCAGCGAGGAAGAAGAAGCUGAGUAUCCUGCCAAGAGAACACCUUCAAAUCAGAUCCCUGGCUGGAAAGCAACUGCCUCGACUGUGACCUCCACAUCACCAAAUUCUGCCGCAACAAAACCCAGAAUCUGGUCAAAAAAAAUUAUCGGUAGAAGGAAACUAUCCCCUCGUGACAGGAUUGUCGCCAAGAUUCAAAAACAAAACAAGGAAUGCCAUGAAUUAAUGAAAACUUUUAUCUCAAGUGCAUCUCAAUCUCACCCUCAGCAUACUCCACUGGACCCCAUUGAAGCGUAUUUUAAAUCUAUUAUGACAUCUGUUAAGAACCUACCCCCUCUCCUCCAGCUUGAGGCGAAAAGGGAAAUUUCCAAUAUUGUCAUAAAUCUAGAGUUUAAAGCUUUACAAGACCAAGUUUCACCUCCUAGUGCAUCAGUAUCGACUGCUUAUUCCAAUCCAUCAUCACCUCAAAAUGUAUCGAUGAUCUCAUAACUACAUUCUUAAUCGAAUGCUUACUCUCCUCCUUAUCAUGAAUGACUUUCUUAACCAUAGCUACUAUAGGCUUUACUUUUUAUAAACCACUGGAAUUUUCUGAAUAAAGUUCAUUUUUUUUUCAUUGACCGCA